AUGCCACUCCGAUCACGGUGGUGCGCGUUUCGCUCGUGGACCAGAACGCCAUCUGCUCCAGUCUUACCGGUCUUACCGGUCUUACCAUUCACGGCGCGCAUUUCGGCCGGCCGGACUGCAAAGUUUGCUUCCAAGGGGUCAUCUGACCAUCAAGACCCUCACGACCUCGAGCUAGCGAGGACGUGGCUGAAAGCCUUCGAGUCGGGCGUCACGUCCAUUCCCCGCCAGGUCGGCCAGGUCUCGUUCAGCCGUUCAAGCGGCCCUGGUGGUCAGAACGUGAAUAAAGUCAAUUCCAAAGCUACUUUAAAAGUGCCACUGGCCACGCUAUUCCCUUUGGUGCCGCGUCUGUUACAUUCUCCAUUGCGCGCCUCCCGCUACGCUACCGACCGUUCCCAGGCGUUGGUCAUUCAAUCGGACGAGUCCCGGCAGCAGGCCACCAACGUGGAUCUCUGUUACGAAAAGCUUAAUCGGCUGCUGGUCAGCUCGGCUAAAGAGAUCAUUCCAGGUGAAACCUCCCAGGAACAGCGAGAUCGCGUGAGCAAAUUACAGCGCGCCCAAAAUGAGGCCCGACUCAAGUCCAAAAAGUUUCAUAGCAGCAAAAAAAGCACCCGGCGGGGAAACAGCUACGAUGAUUGA